AGCUGGGUAAGCCAGGUAAUAACAUUGUGAAUAUGAAAUACGUACUCGUUGACUAGAAAUGUAAAUCAUACUGUCGUGGAUGAAUCGAUAUACAUACGAUACGAGUAUAUCGUCUUUCCUUUUUAGCAGAAGUAUCUCGUUAAUUGACAUAAUAAGUAUAAGAAGUCGAUAACCAUACAUCCAUCUUGUGUACGAGUAUAAGCAGGAAAUGCUAGACCAGUUUUGCAACUCGAUCGUAACACCAGUAGUGUGAAAAAUCGUUUAACCCUUUUGGAGGUUCUCUAGGUUCCCAUAUUUAGGAAACAAAUUGCUUUAAAGGGUGUAAUAGAGUACCCUGCCAGUGCCAGAUUCAUGAAGAAAAUUUUCUGAUUCAAAAUUUUUCUCACAAUGAUUUCAAUUUUCAAAUGAAACUUUUUCUAUCGGUAUCCAGUGAUUUUUGUUUGCAGUGAUUCAGAAUUAAUUUUCCCUUGAUUAUUGCGAAUGAAUGGUUUGUUUUCACGAUAAACUGAAGUAGGUACACUUUUUUUUGUUGAUGAUAAUUGUGAUUAAACAUUUUGUGACUAUUUGAAAGUGAUUUAUCAGUUCGCGUUUGAUUCAUGUCCAUCGAUGAUCGUGAGUUUCGGUUGAACUUAUUAUUGAUUUUCGAUCGAUGUUGUGCGUCGUGAUUUUUUUUUUCCAAAUUACGCUGUUCGUGGUUCGUGAGUGUCAGAAAGCUGACUGACUUUUUCAAGAUUCAUUUCGAUGUAUCCGCGGUGGUAAAUCUGUCAAUGGGUCUUCUUUCCUGUGAUGCUUGGUAAUGUAAUCGCAAUACAAAGAAGCAACUAAUGAAGGUAAAAAAAUGGAAGGCCUAUGUCAACCGUAUGUAACUGUUGUCAGCGACGUCAAGCAUGCCUUCUACCUUACUCUCUUUAUUAACUGGCGCUAUAACUACUUCUGGUUUGGUUUCUGUUAGCAUCGUACCGAUAAUUCUGAUAGCACUGACUUACAUGAGAUACACCACCUAUGACCCUGAAUCCAAAAUAUCCGAUAUACAACAGAUAUUACCAGAGUACGAUUUCAUAAUAGUCGGCGGCGGAUCAGCCGGCGCAGUUGUAGCGAAUCGUUUAUCCGAGCACAAAAACUGGACGAUUUUAUUGCUAGAAGCGGGCGGAGAUGAGACGGAAAUAUCCGAUAUACCAUCUUUGGCCGGAUAUUUACAACUAUCCGAGCUGGACUGGCAAUACAAGACGGCGCCGCCAUCGGGAGACAGUUCGUAUUGUUUGGGCAUGAUAGGAGACCGAUGUAACUGGCCCAGAGGCAAGGUGCUGGGCGGUUCGAGCGUACUAAAUGCGAUGAUUUACGUCCGAGGCAACAGAUACGAUUACGAUCAUUGGGCCAGUUUGGGAAACGACGGUUGGAGUUACGCCGAUAUACUACCAUAUUUCAAGAAAUCCGAAGAUAAUCGCAACCCUUACUUGGUGCGAACGCCUUACCAUAGCCAAGGAGGUUACCUGACCGUGCAAGAGUCACCUUGGCGUACACCUCUAGCGGUAGCUUUUGUAAAAGCUGGCAUCGAGUUGGGAUACGAGAAUCGAGACAUCAACGGCGAAAAGCAAACCGGCUUCAUGCUGGCUCAAGGUACCAUCCGAAGAGGCAACCGUUGCAGUACGGCGAAAGCUUUCCUUAGACCGGUACGAUUACGAGAUAAUUUACACAUAUCGUUACAUAGUCACGUUAUGAAAGUAUUAUUCGAUAAAGCGUCGCUGGCCACAGCCGCAGUACCUCGAGCUGUAGCCGUUCAAUUUCAAAAAUAUGGUAAAACCUAUACCGUUCGAGCCCGUAAAGAGAUCGUAUUGUCAGCCGGCGCCAUCGGAUCGCCGCAGAUACUCAUGGUAUCCGGUAUCGGACCCGCAGACCAUCUAAAAGAAAUGGGAAUCAAUGUAGUCAGAGAUCUAAAGGUCGGACACAACUUGCAAGAUCACGUUGGCUUGGGUGGCCUCACCUUCCUCAUCGACGAACCUAUCACCUUUAAAAAGUCACGAUUUCAAACAGUCUCGGUCGCGCUGGAAUACGUGAUGAACGAACGAGGCCCGUUAACUUCUCUGGGCGGAGUCGAAGGAUUAGCUUUCGUUAACACGAAAUACGCUCCUAAGCACGGUCUCCAUCCCGACGUACAGUUCCACUUCGCUCCCAGUUCGGUUAAUUCGGACGGCGAACAAAUACGCAAAAUUACCGGUAUCAGAGACAGCUUAUACAACACCAUGUACAAGCCUUUGAUUAAAGCCGAAACCUGGACAAUUCUACCGCUCCUGUUGCGUCCAAAGAGCUCCGGAUGGAUACGACUGAAGAGCAAGAACCCAUUCGUCUAUCCCAUCAUUGAGCCUAAUUACUUCGCCUACAAAGAAGACGUCGCCACUCUAAUCGAAGGUAUACGUAUCGCGUUCAACGUAUCGAACACUUCCGCUUUUCGCACCUUUAAUUCGCGACCAUUACUCACACCGAUGCCAGGUUGUCGUAAAUACGAAUUGUUUUCCGACGCGUAUUGGGAAUGCGCCAUGCGACAUUUCACCUUCACCAUUUACCAUCCAGCUGGCACUUGUAAAAUGGGAGUAGAUCAGGAUGCUGUCGUAGAUCCUCGACUACGUGUACGAGGUGUACGUGGAUUACGAGUCAUCGAUGCUAGUAUCAUGCCCACUAUCGUCAGCGGUAAUCCGAACGCACCUGUUAUUAUGAUCGGAGAAAAGGGAGCAGAUAUGAUAGCGGAAGAGUGGAGGUAAAAAUGGUAGUUCUUUUUUUGGUUCCUUUUAAGACUGAUAACCGAUGAGAAUUUGAGUUCUCCAUUUUGUAUGUAUGAGUCUAGUAGAAUAAUAUCCUAAAAAAUAUCUAUGGUUUGUUAGAAAAAUCAAACAGGCGAGAUGAUUUUGGCGUAAUGGAUCACUUGUUGCAUCCUAAAUAACCUCCCAAUACCUCAAAUUUCCAAAAAGCAACGUUUUCAAUAUGGUUGGUUGUUUCCUUUCAUGAAGAUUUUAAUGUUAAAAAAGACAGUGUGAUGUAUUUUUUUUUUUUUUUUUUAAUAAGGUAAACUACUUAAGUACCACUUAUGGACCGGGGUAGUGUGCUUAGCGUGUUUGUAAUCAGAAAGUAAAAAUUUUUACAGCAAAAAUUUUGUUAAAUUUGUACAAGGGUUUUCAAUUAAUUCAAUUACAUCGAUCCAAAGAGGGAUGAAUCCGGAGUCAUCUGGUUAAAUUCAAAUGCAGAUAGUACUCGAGGAGACGAACAAAAAACGUUAUUAUGAUAAGUUGCCUAUCUUGUAAAAUGAAGGCGCUACGUGCUUCGCAAAACCGAAAAUUUACCAAUUUUGAAAAAUUCAUCAAAAAUAAGACAAUGUUUGAAUUAUUCAAAUGAUGCUCCUAACCCAUAGUACUCGAGUGGACGAACAAAAAGUGUUAUCAUGACCAAUUGCCUAUCUUCAAAAUUGAAGGGGCAAGCACAAUUUCAAAAUUCAAAUUUGGGGCACCCGAAAUUUGGAAAUUUUGAAUCUGGUUUGCCCCUUCAAUUUUGAAGAUAGGCAAUUGGUCAUAAUAACAUUUUUUGUUCGUCCAUUCGAGUACUAUGGGCUAGGGGUAUUAUUUUAUUUGAAUAAUACAAAUAUUUUCUUACUGUCUGCAAAUUGAGGAAAUUACCCCAUUUUUUAAACUAAAAUUUACCUAUUUUGAAAAAUUCUUUUUAAAUAAGAAGGUGUUUGAAUCAUUUUAUUGAUGCCCCUAACCCUUAGUACUUGAGUGGACAAACAAAAAAUGUUAAUAUGAUCAAUUGCCUAACUUCAAAAUUGAAGGGGCAAGCAUAAUUUCAGAAUUUAAAUUUGGGGCACUCUAAAUUAGGGCACUACAUCGAAAUUUGGAAAUUUUGAAUCAGGUUUGUCCCUUCAAUUUUGAAUAUAGGCAAUUGGUCAUAGUAACAUUUUUUGUUCGUCCACUCGAGUACUAUGAGCUAGGGGUAUUUACAAACAUUUUUUUACUGUCUGCAAAUUGAGGAAAUUACCCCAUUUUUGAACUAAAAUUUACCUAUUUUGAAAAAUUCUUUUUAAAUAAGAAGGUGUUUGAAUCAUUUUAUUGAUGCCCUUAACCCUUAGUACUUGAGUGGACGAACAAACAAUGUUAAUAUGACCAAUUGCCUAUCUUCAAAAUUGAAGGGGUAAGCAUAAUUUCAAAAUUUAAAUUUGGGGCACUCUAAAUUAGGGCACUACAUUGAAAUUUGGAAAUUUUGAAUCAGGGUUGUCCCUUCAAUUUUGAAUAUAGGCAAAAUUGGUCAUAAUAACAUUUUUUGUUCGUCCACUCGAGUACUGUGGGCAAGAGGCAUCAUUUGAAUGAUUCAAACACAGGGCUGUAAGCCUGUAAGGUAAUUUAUGUUGGUAAAUUACGGCGGUAUUUUACCGUAUUUUACGGUAUGUUACCAAAAGUUUAUUACCGUAUUUUACCAUAAUUUAAAUUUACCAAAAAGCCAAAUUAACACUUUUUUCUUAUCUUUCCUUCAUAAAUUUCCAAAUUUUUAUGGAAAUUUAUGAUUUGAAAGUUACCAAAAAAUUUUCCCAUAAAUUUCCAAAAAAUGUCCAUGGAAAAUUUUCUAUAAUCUUAAUCUCUAAAACAGAUGAAAAUUUACUUCAGAGGCAGAUCAGAAGUUUAGAACUUUGAAGUCAAACUACAAAAAAUAACUCUUCAUAUUCAAAUUAGUAAAAUACCAUAAAUACCGUAAAAUACUGUAUUUUACCGCUGUAUUUUACCAGCGAAUAAAUUAUGGUAAUUUAACAGCCAUGUUCAAACAUUUUCUUAGUUUUGAUGAAUUUUUCAAUAUUAGUAAAUUUCCCAUUUUGCGAAGCACCUAGCACCUUCCUUUUACAAGAUUGGCAACUUAUCAUAAUAGAGUUUUUUGUUUGUCUCCUCGAGUACUAUCUACAUUUGAAUUUAACCAGAUGACCCCAGAUCAUCCUGUCUUUGACAAACAUUUGAUUUCUAUGUGUGAAGCUAAGUACUAGAGCUGAAAACGGUACUCGCUGACAGUGGGUAACUACUGUACCCAUAUCCCGUAUCAUAAAUUCUCGCUUCUCGCUAGUAGCCGGUAGCGAGUUGAAAAAAUGUCAUACCGGUUCACAUUAUAACUAGUAGCAGUAGUAGCGCAUUGAAUGAGUAGCCAGUGUACUGGCAUGACAUCAUCAUUGUCAUCAAUCAUGUCAAACGUCAAUCACACAUACAAAGGACAGGUGUCGAAUUGUAAAUUGUAACUCCUCCCACUUACGCAUUAUCAAAUUUUGGGGUGCGUGCGCAGACCAAGUUUGAAAACAUUCAGGUUGUGCUCGCUAUACGCAACUAUCUACCUAUACCCGAAUCAACCCGAUACAACCACUAGCGGGUUCAGCCAGUAUUUUAACCAGAUACCAGUUAGCGGGUAGUGUAACCGUUUUCAGCUCUACCAAGUACCAAGAACUACUUUUUUGCAUGUUCAAACUUUUUUGCAAAUUUUAGGUUUAUGUUACCUAGACGCUUUUUGGUAGAAUGACAAUGUUCAAACAUGAAAUUGCUGUAAUGUUUUCAAAAUUGAUGAUUAUAAGCCAAGUCUUAUGUAUUUAUGUUGCGUAGCAUACCGCAUAUAUUUUCAUGUUCUGGUGAAUAAACAUUCAAAUUGUGAAAUUCAGUUUUGGUCCACAAUUGGUUUGAUCCAUUGUUAUAGUAGCUAUUUUUUUUCUAUGAAUUUUUUAAUUUCAAAAGGGUUGUCAGAUACCAAUUGCGGACCGGUGCACAACUGGUAGUUUUUCAACUUCAAUAUUUGUGAACUUUGAAGAUGAAAAUUUUCUAAUGUGGUUCUCAGGGUACUAUAACUGGUCUCAGAAUAAAAAAAAAUUGAAUGCUUCCGUUCAUAUUUACAUGAUCCGUAAUUGGUACUUCUUCAAAAACUGCCUUUUUUUAGACCUUAUUUCAAAUAGGAAUUAAAGAAAUGAAAAUUACUUUUUUUCAAAACUGAACACCUUGAAGUGAAAGAGGAAGCUUCAAGGAUUAUUAAAAAAAAUAUUAAUAUUAAAAUUGGGUCAUAAAUGAUGUCUUGGCGAUUAAUUGUAAAAAAGUGGUUCAUGACUGGUACUUUACCUUAGCUCAAUAUCAUUAAAAAAUUUCCAAAAAUUCAACUUUAAAAAAUUGAAAUGAAACAAAAAAGUUAUAUCAUGAGGUGAAAUACAUGAAAGAAAUAGGUAUAUCGAAAAUUCAGCCAUUUUCCUCGUUUAAAAAAAUGAAAUAUUUUCAAAAUGUUUGAAAAAUCAUUAUGUAACUAUACAAUUAAGCAAAUCAAAUAACAAAAAUCCAUAGGUAAGUGAAGAUACCUAUUAGAAAAAAAUCACUAGCUGCUACAACGAUUUGCAAAACUAAUCAGUAGGUAGUGACAUAUGUAGGUAAUAUUCUACUAGACUAUAAUAAAUUGUAUAUUAGUGAUUUCGCUUUCUAUGUACUGUACCUAAAAUUGAUCUGGGUGUAAAUACAAAUUAUUCUGAUCAAAGAAUCAAUCAAAUUUUUAGAUUAGGUACGAAAAAGAUUUCAAAUAACGAGGAUUUUAUUUUCCCAAUUAUUUGGAAAGCCAUAUCACUUUUCUGUAUUAUUAUGUAGGUAUUUAUAGAUGUAUUGUAUCAAAUUAUUUAUUUGUUGUAAAUAUCCGAUUUAUUUUCACCGUGCUCGUACAAUUUAUGUAAUUUAUUUAUAAUUAUUUUAAACGCGUAUUUUUUUCUUCUUUAUUUCUUUCUUAAGGUUUACCUAAUAAAUUGUUGCGUUUUUUGUUACACUUA